AUGGUUGUGUUAAGUGAAGAGAUCAGUAAUGAAGAGCUGUGGGAGUUGUUGUACGAUGAUCUGGUGAUUACUGCUGAAAAUAGGAAAGACCUUCAGAGAAGGGUUGGAGAGUGGCAGGAGUCUUUAGAAAUGGGUGACUUAAAGGUGAAGGGGAAGUGGAAGGAGGUAGCUGGAGUAGUAUGUGAUAAGAAAAUGCCAAUCAAGCUAAAAGUCAAGGUCAAUAGCACAGUGAUAAGACCAGAGUUAAUGUAUGGAUGGGAAACAUGGGCUCUACGAAGAAAAGAGGAAAUAAAGCUUGAGAGAACAGAUGGGAAUGCUGAGGUGGAUUAUGGGAAUAUUGCUGCUUGA